UAUUGGCUCUUGUUGUUAUGAGAGUUCGUUCGUAGAGUCAGAAGGGGUAGACUAGUAGCGUAUUCAAUCAUGUAUUUUUUUAAACGGAGGAGUCGGACAGGAUUUUUCAGUCAACAUUAAUAUCCUAACCGAUGGCGCCUAGGCAGCUGAAAACAUGUGCUCAGAAUGUCAGUCUGCAUGUUGUGAAGGGAAUAUAGCUCCACUUUUUAUUUUUCCCCAAUGACGUCUGAAAGCUUAGGAUAGGCUAUGAUUUUCUGCAAACGGAAUGGCGUUGUUUGUUUAUGAAAUUGGAUUAUGAAACGAUGCCCACUUUCUCGCUGACCUGACUCACUGUGGCUCUGGACUGUUUAGAUUUUGUCUUUUAUUUUCAUAAAGGAUCUUUGUUCCACAUGCAAAUCUCGAACGAUAAAUGCGCACAAAACUGAAUGCCAUAGGGGUGAACAGGUGACGUCAGUUUAGUAUGCUCAGACUGGAGAUGCUGGUCCCAUGGAUGUGUCUCGACGGGAAUACGGUUCAGUGAUUUGCCGUUCCAGCCCGAGCGCGUUCUACUAACGGAAUCGCUUAUGAUGCCCAGAGGUUUACGGAGACUCGUGCACCUGGUGCUGUUUUGCCCUAUGUCGAAGGGGCUGCAGAGUCGUCUCCCGGCGUUAAAGGUGAAGUACCUGCUGCUGGCCUGGCUGGGGAUCCUGGUAGCCAGCUGGGUCCUCUACAUGCAGUACGCCUCCUACUCAGAGCUCUGCCGAGGACACGUCUGCCACAUGGUCAUCUGUGACCACUACAGGAGAGGCAUUAUCUCAGGGUCGUCCUGCAAGGCCCUGUGUGAGGAGAAGAGCCUGACCCUGCAGCGAUGCAUGUCCACCUCUUCCACACACCAAGUGUACAGGGGUCUGUGGAAGGACAGGCCUGUGGUGAUAAAGUGUGGUCUAGAAGAGCCUCUGAAGGGGGACGUGGCUCCUGACUCUGUACUGAGACAGGAAAUGACCCUGUUUGACAAGCCCACCCGCGGGACCUCCAUGGAUGAGUUCAGAGAGAUGUUGCACAGCUUUCUCAAGUCUAAUUUGGGAGAGCAACCUUCUCUCACCACCUUGGUGGGUCGUGUCAUCACCCUGGCCGAUGUCAACAAGGACCGCAAGGUGUCCCUGGCGGAAGCCAAGUCUGUGUGGGCUCUCCUCCAGAUUAACGAGUUCCUUCUGAUGUUAGCCCUGCAGGAGAAGGAGCAUACCCCCAAACUGCUGGGCUUCUGCGGGGACCUGUACGUGACUGAGCGCGUGGGCCACAGCUCCCUCUAUAGGUUGGAGGUCCCCAGCUACCUGCAGGCAUUAGUCCCAAAGGCCCUGAGCUCCAGCCUGAACCAGUGGCUGGCCCCGGCGUGGCCCCGGAGGGCCCGCAUCACCAUCGGCCUGCUGGAGUUCAUAGAGGAGGUGUUCCACGGGGCCUACGGCAGCUUCCUGAUGUGUGACGCCAGCCUGCGCCACGUGGGGUAUAACUUCAGGUAUGACUGCAAGAUGGCAGACCUGCGCAGCGUGGCGUCUGAGAUGGCGGUCCGCAGGUUCCUGCGGGGACGUCGCUGCGAGACCAACGCUGACUGCACCUUCGGACGUGACUGCACUGCCACCUGCGAUCGGCUGGUGAAGCAAUGUAACACAGAGGUGGUCCAGCCCAACCUAGCCAAGGUUUGUGUGAUGCUACAGGACUAUCUGGUGUCUGGGGCGCCCCAGGACCUCCGCAUAGACCUGGAGAAGCAGCUCCGUACCUGUGUGACGCUCAGCGGCCUGGCUAGCCAGAUGGAGGUGCACCACUCGCUGGUCCUCAACAACCUCAAAACCCUGCUGUGGAAGACCAUCUCCAACACAGAGUACUCCUGAGGACCACAGAAGAGCUGCUGGGAGCCAUAUGUAGGCCUGGGUUGUAUUCAUUUGACACCAAAUAAAUGAAAAUGGAUUGAAACAAAUGGACAAUCUGAAGUUGUCCAGUAACAAAUGCAAAUGUAUUAACUGUUCACAUCAUUUUCUACGGUAUGCCCUAAUGACUACAACUCAUUUUCUACGGUAUGCCCUAAUGACUACAACUCAUUUUUCCUUAGACCGACCUUAACCAGGAAGAAGAAAAAAAAACACCAGGACCUACCCAUAGGAGUGAGGCAGGUCCGAACUCUACCCUAUUAUUUACCCUAGAGGUACUUCCCCUCCUACCCUACUUUUUUACAAACAUGCCAAAAGCUUGAGUAAAACAGACUAGUAAAUCACUGACUGAAAGUGAAAAUGAAUGAAAAUCAAAUGGAUUAUGAUUUAAAAGUAAAGGCUGUUUAUUUUUAUGGAAGGAUUCUUUAUUUUGUUAAGGAGGAAACUGUCUGGUCUAUUCUCAGGGCCUUGCCUAUGUAAUGAUAAUUAACUGUACAGUAUUCUACUUUAAAGAGUAGUUAAGUGUAUAACUUCUAUCAGGGAACGUCAAUGUAGAGGUGUAAUGCCAUGAAAAUAUGGGAGUGAUGUAACAGUAUGUGGAAAAACUACUAUUUUAUCUGUGUGUGAAUGGUCCAUCAGACAAGGUCAAAUGAGAUGGAAAUAUGGAGGGAUCAAUUGAGCUUUUGUGAUAGAUCAUAACCAAUCUAUAUUACUCAGAUGAAGAAAUAAAAUACAGCACUCCAAACUA